AUGAUAAAUGAAAGGGUUGGGUGCAAGUAUUCGAAAUCUGUUGAAGGCAGUAAUUCUUCGUAUUUGAAGUCUGCUAAAAGCAGUAAUUCUUUAUAUUUGAAAUCAACUGAAGACUGCAAUUCUUAUGAACAAAGUAACUUUUCUAAUAAAGAUGACAAUUCUUAUGGACAAAGUAACUUUUCUACUGAAGACAGCAAUUCUUAUAGACAAAAAAUUUGGCCCGCACAACAAUCUUUUUGGUCUGUACAACAAUCUUUUUGGCCUGCACAACAAUCUUUUCUGGCUUCACACUCUUUUACAGAUUU